AUGAAGAACAAGGGGAUGUUGGAUACAAAACUUACGGUGAAAAUCUCUUUGUCUUGUUGCAGAAAAUGUGCUUUGAGCGGUUUGUCACGCGUCUGCCGACAUCGCAUCAAACUUGGCGACAAGGGGAGCUACUACUACAUCUCUCCGUCCAGCCGAGCUCGGAUCACGGCGGUGUGUAAUUUCUUCACAUACAUCCGGUACAUCCAGCAGGGCCUGGUGAGACAAAACGCGGAGCAGAUGUUCUGGGAGGUGAUGCGACUUCGUAGAGAGAUGACCGUGGCUAAGCUGGGCUUCUACCUCACAGACCAGAGUUAAAUAACUCGGCAGAACCACCGAGUCCCGAGGAGUUUUCAGAAGUCAGUCAAUGGAAGCAGGAAGUGUAACGAGACGAUCGACCUGAUGGGAUUAUUGCUGCGCUGCCGUCUCCAUUAUUUUCAAUCCUUGAUAGAAAUAUUCCACAGAGCAGUAGACGUAUCGGAGCUCAACUUAUCCACCAACAGACUGAAACUCUGGAUCCUGCAGAAUAAAAACCUUUCAUGGAGUUAAAUGGCCUCUUACUUGAAAUAUGCAGCGUUUGUUCCCCUAUAAACAUGUAAUUAGUGUUGCACCGAUGCAAAUUUUCGGCCCUG